AUGGUUCGUGCUCCCUAUACUGUUCCGGCGCUCAAGAAGCACACCGCCACUGUUAUCAUGGCCCACGGAUUGGGGGAUAGGGUGUCCCUUGCCCAGACCUGGCGCCGUCGCGGCAAGUUCGACGAGGUGGCCUUCAUCUUCCCCAAUGCGCCCGACAUCCCGAUCACAGUUAACUUCGGUAUGAGCAUGCCCGGGUGGUACGACAUCACCAAGCUUGGCCGUGACAUGGACUUCGAAGAAGCCCUCCGCAAUCAAGAUGAGCCAGGAAUUCUCCGCUCUCGUGACUACUUCAACGUGCUUAUCAAGGAAGAGAUGGAUAAGGGUAUCAAGGCUUCGCGUAUCAUCCUGGGCGGGUUCUCCCAAGGCGGUGCUAUGUCCGUGUUCGCCGGUGUGACUAACAAGGAAAAGCUCGGUGGUAUCUUUGGUAUGUCGUGCUACAUGCUAUUGAGCGACCGGAUUAAGAACUAUAUGCCCGAAGAGUGGGCCAACAAGAAGACGCCGUUUUUCCUUGCUCACGGCGUUGAGGACAAUGUCGUUCCAUUCGCCUCUGGGAAGAUCUCGGCGGCUAAACUCAAGGAGCUUGGUCUGGAGAAUGUUUCCUUCAACAAAUACGAAAAUCUUGGCCACUCGGCAACCCCCGAGGAAAUUGAUGAUCUAGAGAAUUUUAUUGAGAAGGCCCUUGCCACUGACGGAGAGGGUAAUGCUUCUGCCGGCUUAUGA